AUGGUAGGAGUUGACCUUGCUGACAUGAUGGUGGCCUUGUACCGCACCCCUUCAAAGUCUCACUGGUGGUACCUGUGCCUCUUUUGGCAAAUGGCGGAUAUAACCAACAAUAAUGGAUGGCUGCUGUAUCGCCGAGAUGCCAGAAGCGUUGGUGUGCAAAAGCACAAAAAGCUCCAGGAAUUCAGGCUGGAGAUUGCAGAUGCCCUUAUCCACAGUGAAAAGAAGAAGGGAAGGCCUUCCAAGGGAGGGGAGGAGAAUGUGCACAGCCCCACUCUUUACACACUUGAUGGACAACCUGUUAAAUCUGUGACGGAGUUGAAGUUUGACAGCUGUUACGUUGCUGUUAGUAAGGGGAAGUUUAAACCUGUUCAGUACUUCAGCAAGAAAUGUGACGGGAACAAAUGUAAAGAGAAACUAUUUGUUCAAGCAGUACGUCAUAAAGAAGACAUUAAACCUGUUGUUCAGACCAAAACCGAGGCGACUGGUAAAAAUGAGAGAAAUCCAAAAAUAGAGUAUUUCACCAUCGAUGUUUUCACCAAUGGAGAGCCUCUAAUUCCUUCAGUGACUGUAAAAAUUCCAAAGACGGCUCUGAAGUCGAUGGACAACGUCUGCAGCGUGGUGGGAUCCAUGAUGUGCUCUCAUGCUGGAGUGAAGAGGCUUUACACACUUGAUGGACAGCUUGUGAAAGAUCCACAAGACUUGAAGAAUGAUGGAAAAUAUGUUGCUGUUACCAGGGGAAGGUUUAAACCUGCCGACUACUUCCAGCCAGUCUGAGUGCCCCUGAAGAACAAGG